AUGCAACAAUAUUGCGUGGAAAGCACGCAACCAGUGGUGUUUCGAAUAAUUGAAGCUGAAAUUCCAAAAUCGGUGGAAGAGAAAAUAGAUGAUAUAUUGAGAGAAGCUAAGAAGAAAGAAGAGGAACUCGUUAAGCAAGAAAUAAUAAAUCAAUAUAGUAAACCAAUAUAUUUUAAAAACUACUGCAUAAAUGACAGAGAUUUAGAUUAUUAUGAUAAAACUCACCUCGAAGAAGCAAGGAAACGUAUAACUGGUCGACUACGAAAAUUAGAAGAUUUUGAUGAAUUAUUAACGGAAUUGGAGUUAGAAGUUAUUGACACUUAUAAAAAAUUUCUUACAAAACCUCCAUAUAAAGAGUAUCCAACCAUAAUUAUAAGAGCACCUGUCCCAUGGCAUCAAUAUAAAUUAAUGGCAAAUCAUUUUAUGCAUUAUAAUUUAUUUAUUGGAAACGAAAUACUGAGAAAUAUUAAAGAUUUAUAUUUUCUCAAAUAUCAUGAUACGACAAUCGUCAAACUUGAAGAUCUAGGAACUUUUCCUAUACCAGCAAAUGAAGUGGAACAUAAAAUAAAUUUACUUUGUAAUAAAGCUGUAGACAAACUUAUCAGACAUUGGUUGGCUGAUAUUGCUGAAUUUUUUUUAGAGAAGAAAUACGCUUGGUCUUGUCUUGUUCAAAGACAUUAUAAUGCAUCUACAGCUAUGAUCGAAAAAUACUUUAGAAGUGUAAAUACCCUUUUAUCUAUACAAUUGCGAAUGAUGAUAAUGAAAACGCUAAAUAAUAUUAGACAUUUUUUUAUGGAAUAUAGCGACGGAAAUUAUUUUGAAGGUGAUUACAAGGAUCUCAUGUUCUGCAAAACUCCCUUUAUAACAGUAACAGUGGAACCAGAACUUGGUACAGAUAGACUAAGUUGUAAACCGAGUAUCUUAGAAGUGCGAGAAAUAAUUUCGCAAUGUUUUGAUAAGAUUAUAAAAAUUGGAACGUUGAUUCCGAAAAUUGAAACUCUUUUAUUUCCUGAACUGGAGAAACAGGAAUUUCUAUUCCCUGUAUCACGAUACGAAGAUUUGGUUUUAGAUAUCAUCUCUGACGUGUUGAAUGUCAUCAGUGCUCACAUCAUGGGUCCACAAAUUUAUUUAAAAUGUUACGAAAAUUUGUUGUACCUUAUAGAUGGUCAAGCUAAACAAAAUUUAGAUGAUUUUUUUAAGACAGAGCCCAUACCGUUUUUACACGAAUUUGAACAAAAAAUAAAAGACUAUGACGAGCUUAAAAACGAAAUUUCUAUAUUUCGUAACAAGAUUCCUCUCAACAUGAUAGAGAUUGAUUGUACUAUUAUAAAUAAUACUCUACGGCAAAUCCUUAAUGAUCUUCGCACAGAGGUCUGCGAUUACUUUGCAAACGAAUUACGAUCGAAUAACCGAGAUCUAUGUUCCAAUUUCGACAAAAUGGCGGAGAAUAUCUCAAAAAUGCCUGAGAAAACUCAAGAUGUCGUCGAGUUGUAUAAUUACUUGUGCGAAAGUCGAGAUUCUACCAUGUUCAACCUGAAAAGAAAACUGGCACAUUCCAUAGAAUUGAUUUUAUUCCUAUUUAAUUAUCAACCACCCACUGACGAGGAUAUCCAGUUGAAUACUCGUACUAUAACUUGGCCGAAAGAAAUGGAGACAGUAAUGGAUUUAGCGAGUGUGAGAUUAAACAUGAGAAAAGAAUAUCUGGAAGAGGUGCUACGUAUAAGAAGGGAGAAUUUUGAACAGAAAAUACAUAGCAUGCAAGUGGCGAUUGAUCAAUUCAAGAGGAAGGAUCCACCAGUGUUAUCUAUGGAAGAAAUGGAAGAGGCGGUGGAGGAAAUUGAUGAAAUUUCUACGAACAUGGAAGAAAUUAGGAAGGAAGUUGAAGAGAUCAACGAAGAGGAAAGUCUGUUAGACAUGGAACUAAGUCCGUAUCUGGUGAUCCCCACAAUGUCCACGAUAGUUAGCUCGCUAAAUACCCUCUGGAAUACGGUAUUAGAUUUUCACAGGAAUUACGAUAGAUGGUAUAAUGGUCCAUUUUUCAAUCUCGAUGCCGAAGAAAUCAAAGAAGAAACUGACAAUAUUUGGCGAACGUUGUACAGAAUAUCACGCAUCGUAUCCGAUAUCCCUGGCGCGCGAAGGAUAACUGAUAUGGUUCGUGGAAAGGUGGAGAAAUUCAAACAAUAUAUUCCACUUCUACAGAUAAUAUGCACUCCUGGAUUACAAGAUCGACAUUGGAAGCAAAUGAGCGAGGUGGUAAACGUGGAUAUAAUACCAACGGAGACCAGUUGCCUCUCUGACAUGGUAGACUUAGGAUUAUUGGUUCAUCUAAGUAAACUCGAAGAAAUAUCCUCUGCCGCUGUUAAAGAGCAUGCACUGCAACAAAAUUUGCAGAAGAUGAAGGAAGAAUGGGCCGAGAUUGAGUUUAAAUUUAUACCAUAUCGCGAAACAGGCGUUCAUAUAUUAACCGCAGUAGAUGAUAUUCAUCAGUUAUUGGAUGAUCAUAUCUUGAAAGCUCAGACCAUGAGAAGUUCUCCAUUUAUAAAAGCUUUUGAACAAGAAAUGCAAGCGUGGGAAGAUAAAUUAUUGCAAAUGCAGGAUAUUAUUGACCAGUGGUUGAUGUGUCAAGCAACUUGGAUGUACUUAGAACCUAUAUUCAGUAGCGAGGAUAUCAUGCGUCAGAUGCCAACAGAGGCUAAGCAUUUUCGAAGAAUGGAUAAGAUCUGGCGUAACAUAAUGGCAUAUGCCGUGAAAAAUAGUCGCGUGCUCGAUGCUACCGACAUGACGAAUAUGUUGCAAAACUUAACUCUGUGCAAUACGUUAUUGGAAGAAAUACAGAAAGGCUUGAACGAUUAUCUCGAGAAGAAACGAUUAUUUUUCCCAAGGUUCUUCUUCUUGUCAAAUGACGAAUUAUUAGAGAUACUCUCCGAGACUAAAGAUCCUCAGAGAGUACAGCCUCACUUGAGGAAGUGCUUCGAAGGUAUCAGCAGGUUGCGAUUCACGAAGGACGAGGAGAUUAUCGGAAUGUUGUCGGACGAGGAAGAAUAUGUUCCCCUAAGCGGGAAAAUUUAUCCAGCUGAUGCUAAAGGCAUGGUCGAGAGGUGGUUAUGUCAGGUAGAGGACCUCAUGGUAGCAUCUCUUCGGGACAUUGCCGAAGAGAGCAUCAUCGCUUACUUCACCACGAAGAGAGAAGAGUGGAUAUUCUCCUGGCCUGGUCAAAUUGUUAUUUGUUGUAGCCAAAUACACUGGACUAGCGAGGUUUGCGAAUCGUUCGAGGAUAACUCCACUGCGGAAUAUUUACAGAAAUGUAAUCGUCAAAUAGAGAAUACGGUGACGUUAGUCAGAGGCAAGCUGGAUCCUGGAGCAAGAGUAACGAUCAACGCGUUGAUCGUGAUUGACGUUCACGCGCGAGACGUAUUACGUCUGCUUGUCGAGAAGCAGGUGAAUAACAUUAUGGAUUUUGAUUGGAUAUCUCAACUGAGGUACUAUUGGUUGGAUAAUAGUAUCACGGUUACACUGAUUACUACCACUGUGCAAUAUGCCUUCGAGUACCUUGGAAAUACGCCGAGACUCGUGAUAACACCGUUAACCGAUCGAUGCUACAGAACUUUGAUGAGCGCGUUAAAAUUGAAUCUAGGCGGUUCACCGGAAGGUCCAGCAGGUACUGGUAAAACAGAAACGGGAAAAGACCUUGCGAAAGCUGUUGCCAAACACUGCGUAGUUUUCAAUUGCUCGGAGGGUCUUGAUUAUAAAGCAAUGGGUAAAUUCUUUAAAGGACUCGCGCAGUCUGGAGCAUGGGCCUGUUUCGACGAAUUCAACAGGAUAGACCUAGAAGUGCUGUCGGUAAUUGCUCAGCAAAUUUUAACCAUUCAAAUGGCUAUAAGUUUGAACUUGGAAAAAUUUAUGUUCGAAGGAACGGAAAUAAAACUGAACCCUACUUACUACGUCAUCAUAACAAUGAAUCCUGGCUAUGCUGGGCGCCAAGAGCUUCCAGACAAUUUGAAGGUCCUUUUUCGAACAGUGGCAAUGAUGGUACCAGACUAUGCUAUGAUAGGAGAAAUUACUUUGUAUUCUUUUGGUUUCAUUGACGCGAAGAAUCUUGCAGAGAAGAUAGUUCAUACGUACAAAUUGUGUUCCGAACAAUUAAGCUCGCAGAAUCACUAUGAUUACGGCAUGCGAGCCGUGAAGACUGUACUCACUGCCGCUGGAAACUUGAAAUUGAAAUAUCCCAUGCAAAAUGAAUCCGUUUUGGUACUUCAAGCGAUCAUCGAUGUUAAUCUCCCGAAAUUCUUGGCUCAGGAUAUUCCUUUGUUUAAUGGCAUAUAUACGGAUCUCUUCCCUGGUGUCAGUUUGCCACAGCCGGAUCGCGACGAAUUGAUAAACUUGGCAAAGACUGUCUUGAAGAAGCGAAACCUUCAAGCUACGUCUUGGUACAUGGAAAAGAUAAUUCAAAUUUACGAAAUGCUGCUGGUGCGUCAUGGUUUGAUGAUCGUAGGCCGUACUUUAAGUGGGAAAACACAGGCGUAUCAAACUUUAGCCGAGGCUUUGGGCGAGUUAGCUAGUAAAAGACGAAUUACUAUGAGAGAAUUUCAGACGAUUUACAAGAUUAUUAACCCGAAAGCUAUUACCUUGGAUCAACUCUAUGGCAGUUUUGAUCCAGUGUCGCACGAAUGGAGCGACGGAGUACUGGCUAAUAUUUUUAGAGAAUUUGCGCAAUCUAUGUCGAUAGACCGAAAAUGGAUAGUUUUUGAUGGUCCCGUUGAUGCAAUAUGGAUCGAGAGUAUGAACACGGUACUGGACGAUAAUAAGAAACUUUGUCUCAUGUCUGGAGAGAUUAUUCAAAUGUCGCAUAAAAUGAAUAUGAUGUUCGAGCCGGCUGAUUUGGAGCAUGCUUCACCUGCCACUGUAAGCAGGUGCGGUAUGAUUUACAUGGAACCAUCGCAACUUGGCUGGAAUGCACUGUUUGACUCGUACAAGACGUAUUUGAAAAAUAAGUUACUCGUCGAACAAUACGAAUUGAUUGUGGAAUUGAUCGAAUGGCUGACAGAGCCAAUUUUAUCGUUUGUACAGAUUCAUUGCAAAACAUUCGUAGAAGUACCAGAACUUCAUAUGUUUCUGUCUUUCACGAAACUACUCACUGCUAUGUUGGAUGGAGAGACACAAGUUAGUACGGUUUGGCUACAAUGCGUUUUGUUAUUUAGCAUGAUUUGGGGCAUGUGCUCGACAUUAACGAGUGAUAGUAGGAAGACUUUCGAUAUUUAUUUGAGAAAAUUAUUACUUGGAAACGACGAUGAGUAUCCUAAGCCAAAAGCAUUUAAAUUGACGAAACAGCAGCUUUUUCCUGAUAAAGGAACUAUUUACGAUUGGAUAUACGAUAAAAGGAAUAAUGGAUGCUGGAUACCUUGGAUGGAUACAACGUUACAAGCGUCCAUAUUACCAGACGUGAAAUCCGAUGAAUUAAUUGUACCAACAACCGAAGUAGUGAUCCAAUGUUUCUUCAUCAAAAAACUUCUUUAUAGAACCAUACCUAUCUUAUUCGUUGGACCAACUGGUACCGGCAAAUCCGUUAUCGUAUUGAAUUACCUGCAAUUUAUGCCCAGAGAUAUAUACAUAGAGAACGUUGUGAACUUCAGUGCUCGUACUACUGCUUCUCAAACUCAAGAGAUAGUAAUGUCUAAGCUAGAUCGUAGAAGGAAAGGUGUGUUUGGUCCACCAAUGGGGAAGAAAUGCGUAUUGUUUCUCGACGACCUAAGUAUGCCCCAGAAAGAACAAUAUGGCGCACAGCCGCCAAUUGAACUGAUCCGGCAAUGGGUAGAUCAUGGACACUGGUUUGAUUUAAAAGAUACAACGAUGUUAUACUUGGUAGAUAUGCUUUUAAUUUGUGCCAUGCUGCCACCUGGCGGAGGCUCGAAUAUAGUGACAUCUAGGUUAACUCGACACAUGCAUAUAAUCGGUAUCGACUUUUUCGAAGAGGUGACAAUGACCAAGAUAUUCUCUUCGAUUUUGGAUUCACACUUCGCGAAAGGAUUUACUCCGGAGGUUUCGAGAUUGGGAAAAAUGAUCGUAACUGCGACCAUGGAUAUAUACCUUGGCGCGAUAAAAACAUUUUUACCGACCCCCGCAAAGAGUCAUUAUACCUUUAAUUUGCGUGACUUUAGUCGUGUUAUUAAAGGCAUACUCUUGGUACCAGCUUCUAGAAUGCAGGAUCCGGAUAAGCUGAUUAGGCUUUGGGUCCACGAAGUAUACAGGGUUUUCCAUGAUAGACUGAUAGACGAUAACGAUCGCGAAUCAUUAUUUCGAAUGGUUCAGUACACUUCCUAUGAUCAAUUACGACAGCCUUUGGGGAAAGUACUUAACAGACUUUUGCACAAAGGAGAGCAAGAAAUUACGAGUUCUCACAUACGUGAUCUCUUCUUUGGGAAUUAUAUAGAGCCCGAUGCUGUGCCUAAAAUAUACGACGAAGUGGUAGAUUUGAAAGACCUGCAAGAGAAAAUGGAGCAUUAUUUAAUGGAGUAUAAUAUGCUUUCUAAGACACCGAUGUCGUUGGUCUUGUUUAGAUAUGCUAUCGAACAUAUUUCUCGUAUAUCGAGAAUAUUACUGCAAGAAAAUGGCCACGCUCUUCUGAUAGGAAUGGGUGGCUCUGGUAGAAGUUCCUGUGCCAAGUUAGCAACUAGUAUGUGCGAAUAUGCGAUGUAUCAGAUCGAAAUUACUACGACUUACGAAUUUUCCGAGUGGAGAGAAGACCUGAAGAACUUGCUACUGCGCGUGGGGUGCGAUGGGAAAUCCACUUCUUUUCUGUUUGGCGAUCAUCAAAUAAAAAGCGAAUCUUUCGUCGAGGAUAUAAACAUGGUACUGAACACGGCAGAUGUGCCAAAUUUAUACGACAUCGAAGAGAAGGCUGAGAUAUUAGACAAAAUGACGAACGUGAUGCACAGUACCAGCGGGAGGAAGGUCGAAAUUACACCCUUGAUCCUUUACAAUUUAUUCUUGGAAAGAAUAAUGCAGAAUCUUCACUGGAUCCUAGCAAUGUCGCCAAUAGGCGACAAAUUUAGGAACCGUCUGAGAAUGUUCCCUUCACUGAUAAACUGCUGUACCAUCGAUUGGUAUACCGUUUGGCCCGACGAUGCCUUGGAAAAGGUAGCGCGGAUGUCAUUACAAAAUAUUAACAUCAGCGCCGAUUUGCGAGAAAAGUGUGUCGGUAUUUCUAAACAGUUCCAUACGAGUAUCGCAGUGGCUAGCGAAGAUUAUUAUAACACGCAAGGUAGAAGAUACUACAUAACACCGACCAGUUUCUUGCAACUUAUCAAAUCGUUCUGCAGAUUAUACGAUCAGAAAAUCGAAGAGAUCACCGGCCACCAAAUGCGAUACGAAAUGGGACUGGAGAAGUUGGACUUCGCAGCAGGGCAAAUAGCGGUAAUGAAGGAAGAGCUUCAAGCCUUGCAACCAAAAUUACUGGCCCAGUCCGAGCUAAGUAACAAGCUGAUGGUCAGGAUCGAACAAGAUACUAUUAAUAUCGAAGCAAGGAAAGAAAUUGUGGGAGCUGAGGAGGCUUUAGCGAACGAAGCUGCUGCUGCCGCACAGGCUAUAAAAGACGACUGCGAAAGUGACCUAGCUGAGGCCACUCCUGCACUGGAAGCUGCUUUGGCAGCAUUGGACACCCUGAAACCAGCUGACAUUAGUAUCGUACGAUCCAUGAAAAGUCCACCGGCAGGUGUAAGAUUGGUGAUGGAAGCUGUUUGCGUGUUGAAAGGGGUGAAACCUGAGAAAGUUCAGGAUCCAGCAACAGGUCGAGUUGUGGAGGAUUACUGGCCAGCUUCUAUCAGGAUACUGGGUGACAUGAGGUUUCUCGAGAGUCUGAAGAACUUCGACAAGGAUAAUAUUCCACCGGCGUAUAUGAAGAUAAUUCGGGAAAAAUUCAUCAACGACAGGAGCUUUCAGCCUGAAGCUAUCAAGAAGGUUUCCACUGCUUGCGAGGGCCUCUGCAAGUGGGUACGAGCGAUCGAAGUCUACGAUCGCGUGAUUAAAGUAGUGGCACCGAAGCAAGCUAUGUUGGCAGAAGCCGAAGCUGCUCUUGCCAAGCAAAUGGAAGCUUUGAACGCUAAACGAGCCCUUCUUCAAGAGGUUACUCAGAAGUUACAGUCGCUGAACGAUGAAUUUGCCGAAUGUAUGAGAGAAAAGAAGAAACUCGAGGACCAAAUCGAUUAUUGCAAGAAGAAAUUGGAAAGGGCUGAGAAGUUGCUAGGUGGAUUAAGUGGUGAGAAAAAUCGAUGGCAAGAAGCAGCUGCUACAUUGGGUGCGAGCCUUCAUAAUGUUAUUGGAGAUGUUCUACUCUCUUCAGGAGUGGUUGCUUAUUUUGGAGCUUUCACGGUAGAGUACAGGAACAAAUUAAUCGCGGAGUGGCACGAGUCUUGUAUGAAAGCGAGGAUCCCAUGUGGGAAGAAGUUCAAUUUGAUCGAUAUUUUAGGCAGACAAGUGGAGAUCAGAGCUUGGGUAAUUUUUGGCUUACCAGCGGACAAUUUUUCCGUAGAGAACGGUAUAAUCGUGAAGAACGCCGAUAGAUGGCCGCUCAUGAUCGAUCCACAGAACCAAGCAAACAAGUGGAUAAAAAAUAUGGAGAAGGAAAAUAAUUUGAUAGUUAUCAAGCUUUCUGAUCCGAACUACGUGAAGGUAGUGGACACUGCGAUACAACUCGGCACACCGGUCCUGUUAGAAAAUAUUUUAGAAGACGUAGACGCUAUAUUAGAACCCGUGUUGCUGAAAAAUGUUUACAGAGAACGUGGUAUCUUGUAUAUGAAAUUUGGGGAAAACGUGAUCGAGUAUAACAUUAAUUUUCGAUUUUACAUAACAACGCGUUUAAGGAAUCCCCAUUAUCUACCAGAGAUAGUCGUGAAGGUAACGUUGUUGAAUUUCAUGAUUACGCCUCAAGGACUGCAGGAUCAGCUGCUAGGUAUCGUCGUGGCUAAAGAACUGCCCGUUCUAGAAGAACGUAAGAAUCAGUUGAUAGUGGAGGGUGCGAACAACAAAAGGAUAUUGGAGGAGAUAGAGAAUCAAAUUUUAGAAGUUUUGUCAGCCUCGGAGGGCAACAUUUUGGAGGACGAAACAGCUAUUACGAUACUGUCAACGUCGAAAACGCUAGCAGAGGAUAUCGAAGCUAAGCAAGAGGUAGCUGCCAAGACUGCAAUAGAGAUUGAUAAUGCUCGUAAUGAAUAUAAGCCUGUCUCCGGACAUGGUUCGGUCCUAUUUUUCUGUAUUUCUGAACUAGGUAACAUUGAUCCUAUGUACCAAUAUUCUUUACCAUGGUUCAUUCACCUCUACGAGAUGUCAAUAGCCAAUAGCGAACGGAGCAAGAACCUGAAGGUUCGAAUAGAAAAUUUGAACACGUAUUUCACGGCUAGUAUUUAUAGAAACGUAUGUCGUUCUUUGUUUGAGAAGGACAAGUUGAUAUUCUCUUUUGUUUUGUGCAUUGGUCUGUUACGCGCUGUUAACAAGGUAGAGGAAGAACUCUGGACGUUCUUAUUGGCAGGUGACGUGGGUCUAGAUAAUCCUUACCCUAAUCCUGAUUCCACUUGGCUAACGGAAAAAUCCUGGUCCGAAGUAGUCAGAGCUACAAAUCUGCCUAGGCUGGAAAGAUUAAAACAGUCUUUUGAAACACAGACGGCACAGUGGAAGGCUUAUUACGACUCGCCUAAUCCUCAAGAGGAACAUUUUCCUCAGCCAUUUCAGAAUGAGCCGGAAAGUUUGAGAAAACUGGUGAUACUGAAAUGUAUAAGGCCGGAUAAAAUCGUGGCUGCUGUGCGAAUGUUCGUUACGUACAAUAUGGGGCAGGCUUUCGUGGAACCCCCGCCAUUUGACCUUCAAGCGUGCUAUAAUGAUUCCAGCAACGUAACUCCUCUUAUCUUUGUCCUGUCUCCUGGAUCUGACCCAAUGGCAGGCUUAAUCAGAUUUUCAGAGGAUUACGGAGUAUCGAAAGAGAACCUGAUGACUAUAUCGUUAGGGCAAGGUCAAGGUCCGAUAGCAGUGAACAUGAUAAACAGAGGAAUAAAGAGUGGAGAGUGGGUGGUGCUUCAGAAUUGUCACUUGGCAGUUUCUUGGAUGAAAGAAUUGGAUAGAAUUUGCGACGAAGUUAUCAUACCAGAGAACACGCACCUUAAAUUUCGCUUAUGGCUAACUAGUUACCCAUCCAAGGAUUUUCCUAUCUCUAUCUUGCAAAAUGGAGUGAAAAUGACCAACGAGCCACCGAAAGGGUUGAAGAAUAAUCUCCUGAGAAGUUAUUUGAAUGAUCCGAUAUCGGAUAUAAAGUUCUUUAAUAGUUGCAAUAAAAUGAGUAACUGGAGGACCCUCCUUUUUGCUUUGUGCUUUUUCCACGCAGUUGUGCAAGAAAGACGUAAUUUCGGACCAUUAGGUUGGAACAUUCCGUACGAAUUCAAUGAGUCAGAUCUUCGUAUUAGUAUUUUACAACUACAGCUUUUUUUAAAUGAUUACGAAGAAGUACCAUUUGAUGCACUUCUAUACUUAACGGGUGAGUGCAAUUACGGUGGUCGUGUGACUGAUGAUAAGGACAGACGUUUACUGAAUUCGUUAUUAGCACAAUAUUACAACGAGGAAGUUAUUACCAACCCACGGUACUGUUUUUCACCGAGUUGUAUAUAUCGUCUACCAGAAAAUACCGAUUAUCACGGAUGUCUAGAAUAUAUUCGUACUCUACCAAUUGACCAACAACCAGAGGUGUAUGGCUUGCACGAAAACGCAGAUAUAACAAAAGACAAUCAAGAAUCGGCACAACUGCUUAGGGGCACUUUGUUGACCCAGCCACACAUUACUGGAGUUGGGGUAGUGAGAGACAUGGAUGCCAUGGUUUACAGUUUAUGCGACGACAUCUCGUCCAAGUUGCAACUGCAAUUCGAUGUCUUAGCAGUUUCUAAGAAAUAUCCGGUGCUUUAUAUGAAUAGCAUGAACACGGUUCUUCGCCAAGAGCUUAUCAGAUUCAAUGCCCUUGUGGGCGUGAUUAAAACUACUUUGGUGGAUCUACAGAAAGCUAUUAAAGGAUUGGUUUUAAUGUCUUCCGAUUUAGAAGAAGUUUUCCACAGUUUGAGUAUUGGUAAAGUGCCAGACACCUGGAGCAGGAAGUCGUAUCCUUCUUUAAAACCGCUGGGAAGUUAUGUCAAUGACUUAAUGGAGAGGUUAGAAUUUUUCCAAGAUUGGAUAGAUCAUGAUGCACCAACCGUAUUUUGGAUAUCCGGAUUCUUCUUCACGCAAUCUUUCCUUACGGGUGUUCUACAAAACUAUGCCCGCAAGUACAAGAUUCCAAUUGAUAGAUUGGACUUUGAAUUCGAAGUAACAGAAUUUGAAACUAGUGUGGACACUAUACCAUCUUAUGGAGUAUACAUAAGGGGACUAUUUUUAGAAGGAGCAAGGUGGAACAGAGAAUUGAAAGAAGUUGAUGAGUCCAAACCAAAAAUAAUGUUUGAUCUUCUUCCUAUAAUAUGGUUAAAACCUGGUAUAAAAGCUCAAUUUUCUAUUGAAUUCGUAUAUCAUUGUCCCGUAUACAAGACAAGUGAAAGACGGGGUGUUUUGGCAACCACUGGUCAUUCUUCUAAUUUUGUGUUGUAUAUUUUAUUAUCAACACAUGUCGAAGAAUCCCAUUGGAUUAAAAGGGGAGUAGCUUGUUUAUGUCAGCUGGAUGAUUAA